GGAGUUCGUUCGAUUGUUUGACACUUAGGAGUCGCACGACGACAACUUGCUUUUGAACAACCUAGACUAUUGAUUGCAAAGAAUGGUGAGAGCAUUGCCAUUGGCGCUGUUAGAGGCGGCAUUGGUGCUGCUUGUAGAGGGAAGAGGGAACGCGUCAACACCAGUGAGGAAUCCGUAUACCGGGAGAUGGACAGGAGACUAUCCUAGUAACGAUGUGAACGCACUAUCCGAUUUUGCGCCCACAGACAAGUGCCCUCCUUGCUUCAACUGCCAACUGCCUGCCUUCUCUUGCGGCCAGUAUGGCGAGUGCAGCGACUACGAUGGACAAUGCAAGUGCCCUCCAGGAUGGGGCGGCAUAGACUGCUUGACGCCGCUAUGCGACUCACUCGCAGACGGAGCCGAGCGGCAUCUGCGCCCUCCCGGCGAGCAAUGCCAGUGCAAGGAAGGUUGGAGCGGAAUAAACUGCAAUGUGUGCAUGAACGACAAUGCCUGUGACGGCUUCCCUCUUGCGAUCAGGGUGCCACCUGAAAUAGAAGAUCCCGGAGAGGGGAUCGCCAACAUGACAUGCUACACGGGAGGCUUGACCGUCUGGGAGAAUCACCAGAUGUGCGAUGUGACGAAUCGAAAGAUUCUUGACCAACUGGGUGAACGAAAGCCACAGGCGACGUUCACCUGUGCUAAGAAAGACACCUCCUGUGCGUUCCAGUUCUGGGUCGAUCAGGAAGAGUCUUUCUAUUGCGCACUCGACACGUGCAAAAGCACCCUCACUCCUGGGUAUGAGAACGGUACUGAUCAACUGCUUUAUGACUGUGAUCACGUCAAAUGCAAGUGUGUGCCUGGGAAGAUGUUAUGUGGCGAAGAAGGAAGCAUCGAUCUUUCCGAAUUCCUCACAGAGGCUAUCAAAGGUCCUGCUACAUUCAAAUGUACUGGCAACAAGUGCUCUUUCGAAGAACCCGCCAUGAACGAGUUAAUUGAGGAAGUCUUUGGCGACAAGAGCAUCACACUUGCCUGUUACGGUGGAGAGUGCAUCCAUUACACCAUGGUGCCCGGGUACGAGCGUCCUGAGCAGCCGGACAACAGUGUUUGGGUCGCUUUGAGUGCAGCAGCUGCGGGAGUUGUAUUCGUUUUGGCUAGUAUCCUGUUCUGGUACCUCGGCCGGACCAGCAGCGAAGGGCAGGGUGCGGUACGCUUACCGGCUGACGAGGCUUCAAAGCUCAUGUCGGAGCAUGUCCCGGCAUCGGUGCACUUCUCCAACCUAUCAUACACGGUCAAUGGCAAGCAAAUUCUGGAGAACAUCACGGGCUCCGUCCGUCCAGGAACAGUCAUGGCCAUCAUGGGCGCUUCCGGUGCCGGCAAGUCCACGUUACUCGAUAUCCUCGCCCGCAAGCAAAAGCGUGGUAGCAUUGGAGGAACAACGCUUGUGAAUGGCAAAGAGGUCUCGAACGCCGCGUUCCGCAAGGUGAUGGGUUUCGUGGAUCAGGAAGACUGCCUUAUGCCCACGCUCACCGUAUACGAAACGAUCUUAUACUCUGCGCUUUUACGGCUACCUCGGGAUAUGAGCCUUUCGGCCAAGAAGUACCGCACACUGGAGACGAUGCAGGAGCUAGGCAUUCUCGGUAUCAAAGAUUCCCGCAUUGGCGAGUCGGGCAAACGGUCCAUCUCUGGUGGCGAGAAACGCCGUGUCAGCAUCGCCUGUGAGCUCGUUACCUCCCCAAGCAUCCUCUUCCUGGACGAACCCACGAGCGGUCUCGAUGCUUUCAACGCGUUCAACGUCAUUGAGAGUCUGGUCACCCUGGCAAAGGACUAUAACCGUACCGUUAUCUUUACCAUCCAUCAGCCGAGGAGCAACAUCGUCGCACUGUUUGAUCAGCUCGUCUUGCUUGCCAAAGGAAGGAUGGUUUACUCUGGUGAGCUCACCAAGUGCCAGGACUACUUCGAGAGGAUUGGGAGCCCCUGCCCCCCGGGAUUUAACAUUGCGGAUUAUCUAAUCGAUUUGACAAUGCGCGCAAGCGGGGAUUCCGUCCGCACGCAUCCGGAUUCCUCCCCUCUUCUGGAGGCAAGCGAUGACCCCAACCCCAACCUUGAUGAAGAGCAAGGGUUUGCAAACCAUACCGUCAACGCUCCGGGGCAAUCUAGCUCCUCGUCCACUGCUGCUGCGGAAGACGCCGAGCGUCAGGUGCCCUCGCAGCCCGAAGAGAGCGCUGGGGCAGGUGCAGGCGCAUACAUUCGGCACAAGACAUCCCAGCUGCUGUCGGUCAUUACGGCCACUUCUGUUACUCUUGCACCUCAGACACUCUCGCCCGAGCUGCAAGCGCUUGUGGAUGCCUACGCGAGCAGCGACAUUGCCGCUGAAACCAAGGCAGAGAUAGCAGCAUUUAGCCCUCAUGUGCAGAACGGUGUGAAUGGCGACUCAGACUCGAGCAACCCGGACUCAGCACCUGGACAACAAGACAUCAAGUCUCAUCGCAGAGCCAGUUGGCCGACGCAGUUCCGCAUUCUCAGCGGGCGUGCUUUCAAGAACCUGUAUCGUAACCCUUGGCUGCUUACAACUCAUUACGUUUCAGCUAUUGUCAUUGCUUUCGCCUGUGGUUUCUUCUUUUACCAAGUGCCGAACGACAUUCCCGGUUUCCAGAACCGUCUGGGCUUGUUCUUCUUCGCCCUGGCGUUAUUCGGCUUCUCGUGCCUGUCCAGUCUUGGCUUAUUCGCUAACGAACGUCUCCUGUUCAUGCGGGAGCGAGCAAACGGCUACUACACGUCCUUCACGUAUUUUGCCUCCAAAGUCCUGUUCGACGUGCUCCCGCUGCGCGUUGUCCCUCCGAUGGUAUUUGGUGGAAUCGUUUACGGCCUUGUCGGCCUCGUGCCUGAGGUGUCCAGUUUCUGGAAGUUCAUGCUGGCCCUUGUAUUUUUCAACCUCACAACAGCAAGCGUGGUCCUGCUGUUGUCGAUCGCUAUUGCCGACACUAGUGUCGCGAGCUUGUGCGGCACCCUUGUGAUGCUUUUCAACUUGCUUUUCGCGGGUCUGCUCAUCAACUUCCAGUCCAUGCCCACCGGAUUAGCCUGGAUUCAGACCGUGUCGUUCUUCCACGCGGCGUACGAGGCGCUACUCGUUAACGAGCUCCAAUGGUUACAGCUCAAGCAAAACAAAUACGGUAUCGAACUUGACAUUCCGUCGGCGACGAUCCUUUCAGCCUUCGGCUUCAAGGCUAACGCGUACUGGUGGCCCGACAUUGCAAUCCUCGGGAUCGAGUUUGGGGUGUUUACAAUUCUGAGCUACCUCAUUCUCCACUAUUUCGUAAAGGAAAGGCGAUAGAUAGGCACGUACCACUCCCGUCGAUCCUUUUCGUUCCUCCACAUACACAUGUCUUCCUUCAUCUCACAAUCGCUAUUCCUCAUUCCACACAACAAACUUACAUUCU